AGCCAUGGUGGCCAAGCCGCACAUUCUUGGACUACAGCUGCACAACCUCACGGCACUCCGAAUUCUUCGAAUAUCAAACUGUGAGAAUCUGGAGUCACUACCCAAGGAGCUACACACUCUAACGUCUCUCAAAGAAUUUGUAAUCGAUAGUUGCCCUGCUCUUGUGUCCUUCCAGGAAACAGGGUUACCUCCUGCGCUUGAAGAAUUGGAGAUCAUAGAUUGUGAAAAUUUGGAGUACCUGCCCAUGAGACUACUGCACAGCCUCACGUCCUUCCAAAGAUUAGAAAUCAAAGAGUGCCCUGCUCUUGAAUCCAUUCCAGACAUAGAUUUACCCUCAAUGCUUCGAGAAGUAUCAAUUCUAAAUUGUGGGCAGCUUAAUUCCUUGCCCAAGGGGCUACACAAACUCACAAAUCUUAAACAACUGGAAAUUGUGGAGUGCUCUUUUCUUAUGGAGUGCAGAAAUCUUGAACCCCUACAUACAUCAGGCCUUCAUAAGCUUGUAUCUCUUUCACAUCUCACCAUUGGUGGAUGCCAUGUUCUCGUAUCCAUUCCAAAGGGCCUGCUUCCCACCAACCUUAGGGAUUUUUGCAUCAAGGACUGCCCAAUUCUUGAAUCCCUAUAUGAUGGACUCUCUGACCUGACCUCUCUUAAACGUUUGGAGAUCCAGAAUUGUCCAAUGCUGACACAACGGUACCAAAAGAAGGAAGGAGAAGAGUGGUCCAUGAUUGCCCAAAUCCCCAUGGUAAUAAUAGAUGACGUAUGGCAAUAAAGCCUAUAAACCACAAGU